GAUUUGAAAAGCUCUGGUCGCCCGCAUCGAUUGUUGCAUUGACCUCGAAAUGCCAAGUAGUACCAAGCUCUCGGGCGGCCAGUCGGUUGUCGCUGGCGUCUUUGCCGGCUGCGUCACCCGCUCGUGUACGUCGCCCAUGGACGUGCUCAAGAUCCGACUCCAAGCGACUGCAUCGACAAACAUGGCUCGUCCCUCGUUGCACCAGGCGAUUUCCACGCUGCGCGCCACGUGCCGAAAUAUCUACGCGACUACUGGCGUCGCGGGGCUCUGGCGGGGCAACCUCGCCGGCUGUCUUCGCCUCGGCCCCUACUGCGGCAUCAAAUUUUGUGUUUACGACGCGCUCCACGACGCCAAGCAUCCUCGGAGCGGCAUGGUCGACGGCGCGAUCGCUGGUAUGGCGGCCACCAUGGCCGUGUACCCCAUGGAGGUCGUCCGCACCCGGCUCAUCAUUUCGGCGCCAUCUCGCGGUAUAUGCGGCAGCCUCCGUGAACUCUACGUCCGCGAGGGCCUCCGUGGCUUGUACCGGGGUGGCCUCACCGGCGUUGUCGGUGCGAUUCCCUUUGAGGGCCUUCAGUUUGCCUGCUACGAGUUUGGCCGAGGGUACGCUGUCACCCACCGCUGGCCAGCAUGGCGAUGGACAUCCACCAAGACGGAGCUGAGCCCGAUCGAUAUCCUUGUCACGGGCAGUCUCUCCGGCAUCGUCGCGCAGCUCGCCGCAUACCCUUUUGAUACGAUCAAGAAGCGGCUACAAGCCCAAGACCUUGGAUCCUCGCGGCAGUACACGGGCCUUCUCGACUGCGCGCGCCGCGUCGUCGCCAACGAAGGCGUCGGCGCGCUCUAUCGCGGGUCGCUCCCGAACCUGCUGCGCAUUGGCCCGUACGCGGCCAUCAUGUUUGCCUCGUACGAAGCGGCCAAGUCGUACUUGGCCGCGGACCAUCGCCACCACCACCAAGUGUCCACUAGCUAG